CCGCUUCGACGACGAAAUACCCUAGCCUCCUUUUCCCUCGACAAUGUCGGCCCUCGCAGUCCCAAAGCUAGUGUCCGAUGACUGCAACCGAUUACGGAUGCUAUUGGCAGAAUGGGAUCCAUCUCGGGAGUUGAUGAUACCCACAUUGGCUCAUAGACAUGCGGCGCGCAGGAAGCUGAUGAGGCAAAGAUAUUUCGAGGCUCAUGGCGAGGACCUUGUCACGGCACUGGACAAACACGUUACGAAUGAAUUCAAGAGGCUGGUGGACCUUUGCACGCUUGAUCCGGCUGAAUGUGAUGCGUACUUGGCAAAUGAAGCAACGAAAGGAUCGACCCCGAGCAAUCAGAUUCUCGUGGAAUUAGCCUGCACAAGGUCUCCGCAGCAGCUGCUUUUGUUAAGAGCAGCGUAUCAUGCUCGAUACAAGAAGUCGCUGGAAGAGGACGUCGAUCAUUACACAACUGGGGAAUUUUCUGAGCUACUGGUCUCUCUUGUGAGUUCAUACCGUUAUGAUGGAGAUGAGGUGAACAUGACUUUGGCAAAAGCAGAGGCUAAGAUACUCCACGAGAAGAUCUCAGAGAAGGCUUACAAUGACAAGGAUCUCAUAAGGAUGUUGGCCACUAGGAGCAAAGCUCAGAUCAAGGCUACACUUAAUCACUACAGAAAUGAGUUUGGAAAUGAUAUCAACAAGGAUUUGAAAAGUGAUCCGAAAGAUGAGUUCCUUUCUAUAUUGAGAACUAUAGUCAAAUGCUUGACUCGCCCUGAAAAGCAUUUUGAGAAGGUCCUUCGUCUUGCCAUCAAUAGGCCAGGAACAGAUCAAGGGGCUCUUACCAGAGUGGUUGUUACCAGGGCCGAGGUCGACAUGAAGUUUAUAAAUGAGGAGUACCGGAGAAGGAACGGCAUCCCCCUCGAUCGUGCCAUUGCCAAGGAAACUACUGGAGAUUAUGAAAAAAUGCUUCUGGCACUGCUUGGCCAUUCAGACCCACAGUUUACAAGUACUAGUGAAGCUACGUCUGAUGUCCGGUGAAAGCAAUGUCUAUUUCAGUGUGGUUUGAGGUGUUUCUGUUUUCCUUUAGCUAUGUGAGUCAAAUACACUUCUUGUAGUGGUGCUGGUUUACAUACUUUUGAGAAGUACUUGGUUUCAUCUUUAAUCCAGACUAUUAGUAAGUGACUGUGAACUUGAUUUUUCUUGCAAUCGUGUCAUGGCAGUGCAAGCAAUUUAAUGAACAAUACUGCACAAACUGCUGAUGCCAUGUCCAUUUAGUUG